UUUCAAGAGGACAAAGAAAUCCCGCGCCGGGCUACAAGUUCACCCUGCUGAGCCUCCUCCUCACUCCUCUUCCUCCCUCCUCUUCCUCUGUCUGCUGUGCCCUCGCUGUUCCUCUAUCAGUCCGUGUCUGCACAAGAAGAGCAUGCGGGCUGUCGGGUUUUGCGGCAGCAUCUUUUCUUUGCACCUUAUCCUCUGCGUUCAUUCUCUGCCGGUACACGACCGGAGGACUGCCAGCAGGUACAAGCAGCAGGGAUGGCCUCAUAACAGCGAUAAUGUUGGUCUGAAAAGGAGGGGAAAACAUGAACAGGACACGCUAAAUAAUAAGUAUCAUUUGAAGUCUGUACUAGCAUCCAGAAAUGACACCACGUUCUGGAAACGUCCUCGAUGUGGUGUCCCAGACUAUCCCACCUUAAUGCAGGUCAGCCUGCCAUACUACAACCUGAAGAAGAAGGGGGGCCUGAGUAGACAGCAGCGCAAGAAGCGCUUUGCACUGUUUGGAGGCCGCUGGGAGAAGACUGACCUCACUUACAAGAUUGUGCGUUUCCCCUGGCAGAUGAGUGAGGACAAAGUGCGAGCAGUCCUCCAGGAGGCAUUAGGAGUGUGGAGUGCAGUGACUCCUCUGAGGUUCAGAGAGGUCACCGCUGAGAAAGCUGACAUCAUUAUUGACUUCAACAGGUACUGGCAUGGUGACAACUUACCGUUUGAUGGUCCUGGAGGAAUCCUUGCCCAUGCCUUUUUUCCAAGGACACACAGGGAGGGAGAAGUCCACUUUGACUAUGAUGAGAAUUGGACAGUGGGCAACAAUGUGGGCACAGAUCUCCUACAAGUGGCAGCUCAUGAGUUUGGUCAUGUCCUGGGCCUGCAGCAUUCUCUGGAGCCUGAUGCUGUGAUGUGUCCCUUCUACAGUGAUUCCUACCCUCUACAGUUGAGCGAGGAUGACAAGAGGGGCAUCCAGUACCUGUAUGGGCCCCCUUUGCAUGCACCCCCUGAAAUGACCAAUGAGAUAGAUGUUGCAAUGCCGGACGCCUGCAGAACAAACUUUGAUGCUGUAUCUAUGAUCAGGGGAGAGCUGUUCUUCUUUAAGUCCCGAUAUGUUUGGCGUAUCCGCGAUUGGCAGCUACAGCCUGGCUAUCCAGCUUUGGCAUCGCGCCACUGGACAGGCAUUCCUGAUCACAUUGAUGCUGCAUAUGAAGACAAAUCUGGUAACAUCUGGUUCUUCCGAGGUGACAGUUACUGGGUGUUUGAUGCUGAGAGAAAGAUUACAGGACCGGAUUCAGUUCGGCAGCUGGGUCUUCCUGUAACAGAUAUCCAAGCAGCUUUGAAGUGGGAAGAGGACCGCGUUGAGAAAGUCUACCUAUUCAAGUCUGCUUCUUACUGGCCCUUCAAUGCUCAGAAGAAUCGAGUUGAUGAUGUACACCCUCGUAGCAUGCAUGAAUGGGAAGGAGUGCCCAGCCAUAUUGAUGCAGCCUUUCGGGACAGAUAUGGCUAUGCCAAUUUCUUGAUUGGGCCACACUACUGGAAGUUUGACCCUGUGGAAAUGAAGGUGUUAGAAGGCUACCCCCGUAGCAUUGGCAUGGAUUUCUUUGGCUGCGCUGCCUUUCUGUCACCAUAACUUCAUACAUAACCAUCUGUUAACCUUGGGGAGAGUAUUUUGUUCAUUAUUCAGCUUCAUUCACCACAUUGCGGCUAUUUUGGCAAUAUACUUAAAGCUGAUGUAUUCCGUUAAUAUGUCAACAAACUCUUGCCAAAGUCAUUGCCUGAUACAACCAAAUUAUUUUUAAAAAAACAAUAGAUUUGCUUUUGAGUAUACAUAUAAAUGGUUUCUAGAUUAUAUGCUGUGAGUCUUAGAAUAUCUGUUUACUUGCCAGAAAUUAUUUUAGAUGAGAAUGCACAACUGGGAGAAGAUGGCUGAUUAAAAUUGUGAAAUUUAGUCCUGACAAAGCACCACCCCCAGGGUUUGGUCCUAAAACUCAGCCAAGUUGUUUGAAUUUGUCCAUGUUUAAAGAGCAACUCCACACUAGCUUUUGGACAAACAGAACUGCUGCACUGACCUCUGUGGAUUGAAAGGUUUAAGACUCUAGUGACGCCCUGUAGAACAAUGUGAAGUACUGUAUUGCAAUGGUUGUGUUUUGGAAAGACCCACCAGAAAUUGGCAGUAAAAGACAGGAUUACCAGCCUGGGUGCAAGUACUUUUUAAUAUCUGGAGUUAGGAAAAACAAACAAACAAAUUAAACAACAACUUUCUUAAUAGCAAAGCUAGGUCAACAUAUUUGAGAUUUUGGGGGGGCUACAUGCAAAUGUGAUUAUAUGACCACACCCAAACUAGAUCAAAAAGGC